CUCGUGCUGGGCCGUCAUAAUUGUUGUUGCUUUCUAUGGGCCUCCACUGGCCCAUGUGACCGAGCCCACGCCUAGCAUUUCCUAAGCCCGACUGCCCGGGCGCCACGCUUCCAUUCCGGCCACGCAACCAACCGGAGGAAUUCUCAUCUGGCGGAGAAAGAAACUCGGUGCGCCCCCAAAUCGACGACGGGCACCAGAUGCGGCCGCCGUCGCCGACGCGGCCGCUGGCCUUCCCGACGCUGGACUCGCUCGCGGCGUACCUCCGGCCGCGCCUCCCUGGCCCGGCGCUCGCCUCCUGGGGAUCCGCGCCGGGGACCAAGAACCUGCUCAACCUCUUCCUGGAGCUCUCCUGCGGCGACUGCACGCUGCUGCCCGCGGCCUCCUCCCCGCCGGCCCUCGUCGUGCGCGCCGUCCACGUCGCCACCGUGCGCAUCCGCAACCGCCGGGGCGCGCUCCUCGUGGAGACCCGGCAGCUGCUCUCCGACGGCACGCUGCGCCGACGGGCCGCGCGGCCGCUCUCCGAGAAGAUGCGCCCCGGGGAGACCCCCGAGGCCGCCGCGGCCCGCGCCGUCUGCGAGGAGCUCGGUGAGCGCGCCCGCGUCCGGAUCCUGGGGGCGGCCCCGGAGCCGCGCGUGGAGGAGCGGGAGUCCGUCUCCUACCCGGGGCUCCCCGCCAGGUACGUGCUGCACGCGGUGGACGCCGAGCUCGUGGAGGGCGUCCCGGAGGAGGGCGAGUUCGAGACGGAGGAGGCCGGCGAGGGCGAGGGGCACGACGGCGGCGGCGCGGCCAUCACCGUGAAGCGGCACUACUGGUCGUGGGACGACGACGAGGAGGCCCGCGGCGAGGCCGCCCGGGCCGCCGUCGUCGGUGCGCAGUAGGAAUUCAUGUAUGCUGUGAUUAUCUCCUUAUCGUUGUGUUUGGUUAGUUUAUUUUUUCUCAAAUUCAUCGGCUUUUAAUUUCAUGUAUGUAUGUUCCGCAGUGUUCUUAGUACCACUAGUCUCUUUGCAACCCGGGCCAGUUGGUCACUCUCUCUGCACCCCAGCGAUGUCCUACAUAACUGAAGAACCUGCAAACUGUUUAUUGUCGCAGCUACUGAAUUCCAGUGAACAUUCUGUCGACGAGGGCAUUGCCAAAUCGAUUAAAAAAUUUGAGUCCUGGUCUCUCGUGGCACUCGAGCCUUCGUUCACAACUUUGUGCCGUUGGGAAACCGGGGACCAUUUCCAUCUCUUCAGUCAA